AUGCCGCGACAAAUCCUACUCAUCAACGGUCCCAACCUCAACCUCCUGGGCACCCGCGAGAAGCACAUCUACGGUGCCACUACACUCGACGAUGUCGUCUCGCAGGCGCAGUCGCAAGCCAAGGCGCUCGACGCGCACGUUGAAGCCUUCCAGUCCAACCACGAGGGCGCCAUCGUGGACCGGAUCCACGCAGCGCGGGGCGUGGCCGACGUCGUCGUCAUCAACCCGGGCGCCUACACACACACCAGCGUCGCCAUCCGCGACGCGCUGCUGGGCGUCGAGCUGCCGUUCGUGGAGGUGCACGUGUCCAACGUGCACGCGCGGGAGGAGUUUCGGAGGACGAGCUACCUGAGCGACAAGGCCGAGGCAGUGGUCUGCGGGCUGGGUGUGUUUGGGUACGCGGCGGCGAUUGAGUUUGCGGCCAAGCAUGUCAAGCUGAAGAGCGACAAGGCGCAUUUGUAA